CCCUGCUCCCGCUCGCAGACGCGCGCCGAAGGGGAGCUUCACCCGCCGGCGUUGCUCCUCCCCGCCGGCGCUGCUCCUCCAAGCCGGCGCUGCUCCUCCCUCGUCGGCGCUGGUCGUCCUCGCGCGGCCUUGCUCCUCCAAGCCGGUGCUGCUCCUCCCCCGCCUGGAUCUCCUCCCCGCCGGUGCUGCCCGUCCUCGGCUCCUCGCCUGGAAGCUCCUCCCCGCCGGUGCUGCUCGCCUGCAGUCCUCCAAGGAUCAAGGAUGUCAUCAGAAACUGCAGCUGCACCUUCUGAAACUGAAGCAGCUAGAGCGAAUCUUCUAAAAAGAAAUUCAGAUGAUGUUGGAUGGGAAUAUGGUGUUCUUGUUGAUGCUAACAACAAAGACAAGGUGAAGUGUAAGUUCUGUGACAAGGAGAUGAGGGGAGGGAUUUAUAGGUUGAAGGAGCAUCUUGCCCAUGUUGGAAAGAAUGUGAAGAAAUGCACGUCUACAACACCGCAGGCUCUAGAGGCUAAAGAGAAGUGCAAGAAAGCAAUAGAGGCUGCAAAAAGGAAGAGGGAGGAGAAGACUGUUCGUGAGCUAGAACUUAGAGAGGAAGUGAAUGUAUCUAGGGUUGGAGAGGAGUCAGAAGAAGUCACUUGUGUUGGAAGCUCACAGCCUCACAAAUUAGGGCCAAUUGACAAAUGGACACGUGCUAUUGAUCCUACCAAGGCUGAUUCUUUCAAACAACAGCAGCUAAACAAGGAACUGUGGAAAGAAAGAGAGCAUGAGGUGCACAAGUUUAUUGCAAGAUGGGCCUAUAAUCGUGCAAUAUCUUUCAAUGCAUGUGACAAUGAUGAGUUCAAGCAAAUGUGUGAAGCAAUUGGACAAUUUGGACCCGGACUUACACCUCCAACUCAAGAUGCCUUUCGAGGUAGUUUGCUGGAAGAAGAAUAUGCAAGAACCAAGAGUUUGCUGCAGGAACGUGAAGCCGAGAAGAUGAAAAAUGGGUGCUCUAUUAUGACCGAUGCUUGGUCAGAUAGGAAGAGGAGAAGCAUAAUGAAUAUAUGCACUAAUUGUGCUGAUGGAACCUCCUUCAUCAGCUCAAAAGAGAUGUCAGAUGUGUCACACACAAGUGAAGUCAUUUUUGAAUUAGUGGACAAAGCAAUUGAAGACAUUGGUGAAGAAAAUGUGGUACAAGUAGUCACUGACAAUGCCUCUAACAACAUGGGAGCAAAGAAGCUAUUGCUUGUGAAGAGACCACAAAUAUUUUGGACCUCUUGUGCAGCUCACACAAUCAACUUGAUGCUCCAAGGAAUUGGCAACUUGCCUCGGUUCAAGAAAGUGAUUGACCAAGCAAAGUCAUUUACCAUAUUUGUGUAUGGCCACACAAGAACAUUGGAGUGCUUGAGAUACUUCACAGAGGGGAAAGAGCUAGUGAGGCCAGGAGUGACUAGGUUUGCUUCAUACUUUCUCACUUUGAACAGUAUGCAAGAGAAGAAGGACCAGUUAAGGAAGAUAGUGGUUCAUAGUAGGUGGGACUCAUUAAAGGAUGUGAAAUCAAAGAAAGUAAAAGAGGCCACAGCUACUAUAUUGAGUCCAACCUUUUGGAAGGAUGUGAAGCUAAUGUUGGCUGUUUUUGAGCCAUUGGUCAAAGUCCUCCGUUUGGUUGAUGGGGAUGUGAAGCCAUCCAUGGGUUUCCUUUAUGGAGAGCUACUAAAGGCAAAGAGAGAGGUCAAAGAGGCAUUUGGCAAUGUUGAGUCUCGAUUCAAAGAUUGUAUGGCUGUUAUUGAGAAGAAGAUGAAUGGAAGACUUGAUUCUUCAUUGCAUUUGACAGCUUUUUUGCUGAAUCCACACUAUAGCUAUGCUAACCCAUCAAUCUUUGAUGAGCCCAAAAUGAAUGAAGCCUUCAUAUCUUGUGUUGAGCAAUUUUAUUAUCAUGAUGAGGAGAAACAAGAACAGGCUGCCAACUUUGAAUUGAAAAAGUUUCAGAAUAGAGAAGGACUAUUUAGCAAGAAGCUUGCAAGAGCUUUUCAAAACUAUGAUUACAAUCCAGCAUCAUGGUGGCGGUUAUAUGGAACUGAAACACCAGCUUUACAGAAGAUGGCUACAAGGAUAUUAUCUUUGACAUCAAACUCUUCUGGUUGUGAAAGAAAUUGGAGUGGGUUUGAAGGGAUACACACUAAGAAGAGAAAUAGGCUGACUACAACCCGCCUCAACAAGUUGGUCUAUAUUCAGUUCAACAACAGGCUGAUGAAUAAGAGAGAAAAGAUUAAAUCAAAGAAAAUCACUGAUGUUCUUUUGUCUAGUGAUACAACUGAAGCUCAAGGUUUUCUCCAAGAGGGUGGAGAUGAUUGUGCACAAGUUGUCUUUAGAGAUGAGGAAGAUGAGGAUGAGAUGGAAGGUACAGGGAUACCUUGGUCUGUUAUUGGAGAAGCAGUGGGAGCAGAAGAACAGCUUGAGCCUCGUAGAAGUGCGAGAGUGAGAGAGCUCUAUGAAGGAGAAGAGUUUGAGUCUGAAGAAGAAGUGUUUGAUGAAGAUGAGGAUGAUACUUGGGAUUGAUAUUGAUGAGGAUACCUUGGUCUAUGUGACUGUGGGGAUACCUUGGUCUAUGUCACAUUGUCACUAUGUGACUGUGUAUCUUCUUUUGUUUGUGCUGUUAGAGACCUAAGAACUAUUUGCUUGUGUUGUCAUGAACUUGUAUUGCUGUCCUAUACUCCUAUCCACUUGUUUGUGCUUUGAAAUUUGCUAUUACUAGCUGCUGAUAUGGUCAAUUACUAGCAACUGAUAUGGUCAAUUGCUAGCUAGGAGGUGGCUGAAAUCAUUCAGAUAAGUGACAACUUACUGUUUUCUAUUUUUUGUAUCAACUGCUAGCUGUAUAUUGAAUAUUUAGUAUUUACCAGUUGUCAAAAUGUGUUGUAGGAGCUAGGAACAUGCAAGACUAAGCCACCAAGGAAUCAGGUAAGUGACCCUCUCUUUUUUUAUAUACUGUAACCUAUAGCUAUAGUCCAAUAUA